AUGCCACUGAAAGUCUACAGAACAGAGUCGAUCGGCGCAACGCGAAACCACAUCGCCAUCUAUAUUGAGACCGCCCCGACCGAGGACGCAGGAUGGCUCCAUCAUGUCACUGGAACGAUCCUCAACGGCAUGGACUAUACACCUAGGGAAACACCCAACCCUGUCCACUUGCCGGAACAUGUGCCGUCCUCAAUGAAGCAGAUUGCGACUAUCGAGGAAGAGGAUCUGGAGAGGUUCCGAGAGGAGUGCUGCCUGGCGGUGCCUCCCCCUCAGGCUCAGGUCACGCUAAGGGGCACCCAAUUGUAUCCUGAUACGCCGCUAUAUCGAUGUGGGGAUUGGCUGAAGGAUGUUCAAGAGCUGGCUUUCAAGAAUGGGAUUUUCAAAUCGUUUGAAAGCGAGGACAUCAAAACUGAGCCUAUCAUAUAG